ACUGCACUGAACUCCAGUGAAGUCGGGGACCGCGGGUCCAGGCAGGCCGCCUGAGCACACGCAGAGUUGGUUCUGCCUGAUCUGCUUCUGGCCUUUGAUAUGCCGCCAAGCUUAAAAGCACUGAGCCUCUCCCCAAUGUCGUCUGCCUGGGAGUGCAAGACGCAAGACACCUUUGCCAGCAGUGAGGAGCAGGACAAGGUGCUCCACCAGGUGACAGUGACAGCCACAAACACAAGUGGCCAGUGCCAGUGCCCGAAGGAGGAGCCCGACGGGGCUCCGCAGAAGCGGACAAGCACCCAGAACGGAAUGCAGGACAGUGGGGGCAUGGGGGUGAAGAAGAAACGGAAGAAAAAGGAUCUGGGAGAGCAGGAAGGGGGAGAUAAAGCAGCUGUGGAGGUGAAACCAAAGAGGAGGAGAGAGCCUAAAGAACCAAAAGAGCCCAAAAAGGUGAAGGAGUCUAAGAAGCCGAAGGAGCCCAAGCAGAGGGAGGUGGUUAAGAAGCCACGGAAACCUCGGGAACCCAAAGCCCCAAAGGAUCCUAAAGACAAGAAGAGUGGCUCUGAGCCAGCCCCCAGAUCAAGACCCAAGAAGAGCAGCAAAGACACCCCUGUGGAAAAGAAGAAGAAAGGGAAGAGGAAAAAUGAGAUACCAGUGAACAGUUUGGAUUUGGAUCAGGACCUCCUGAGCUCAUCUGUACAGAGCCCAGAGGAGUCUGCAGAGUCAGCUGACAGCCAGAAACGACGCUCAGGACGGCAGGUGAAGAGGAGGAAGUACAACGAGGACCUGGAUUUCAAGGUUGUGGAUGAUGAUGGCGAGACAAUUGCUGUGCUGGGAGCUGGGCGAACCUCCGCACUCUCCGCCUCUACCCUGGCAUGGCAGGCAGAGGAGCCUCCUGAGGAUGAUGCUAAUAUCAUUGAGAAGAUCCUUGCCUCCAGGAUGGUGCAGAAGGAGGCUCAUCCUGGAGGCCUGGCAUUUGAGACAGAGGAGUUCUACGUCAAGUACAGGAACUUCUCUUACCUGCACUGUAAAUGGGCAACGCUGGAGGAGCUGGAGAAGGACCCCAGGAUCUCACAAAAGAUAAAGCGUUUCCGGAACAAGCAGGCUCAGAUGAAACAUAUUUUUACAGAGCCUGAUGAGGAUUUGUUCAACCCGGAUUAUGUGGAGGUAGAUCGAAUUCUGGAGGUGGCUCACACAAAGGACCCUGACACUGGAGAGGAGGUCACUCACUACUUGGUGAAGUGGUGCUCACUGCCCUAUGAGGAGAGCACCUGGGAGCUGGAGGAGGAUGUUGACCCAGGGAAGAUUAAAGAGUUUGAAGCCCUCCAAAUCCCUCCAGAAAUCAAGCACAUGGAGCGCCCAGCAUCUGAGUCCUGGCAGAAGCUGGAGAAGUCUCGGGAGUACAAGAACAGCAACCAGCUGCGGGAGUAUCAACUGGAGGGAAUGAACUGGCUGCUCUUUAACUGGUAUAACAGGAAGAACUGCAUCCUGGCUGAUGAGAUGGGGUUGGGGAAGACAAUCCAGUCAAUCACUUUCCUCUCAGAGAUAUUCCUGAUGGGCAUCCAUGGCCCCUUCCUCAUCAUCGCACCUCUCUCCACCAUUACGAACUGGGAGAGGGAGUUCCGCACCUGGACGGAGAUGAAUGCCAUCGUGUACCACGGCAGCCAGAUCAGCCGGCAGAUGAUCCAGCAGUACGAGAUGGUGUACAGGGACGCACAGGGUAACCCUCUCCCUGGGAUCUUCAAGUUCCAGGUGGUUAUCACCACCUUUGAGAUGAUCCUUGCUGACUGCCCGGAGCUGAAGAAGAUCCAGUGGCGCUGUGUGGUCAUUGAUGAGGCACAUCGCCUAAAGAACAGGAACUGCAAACUCCUGGAGGGACUGAAGCUCAUGGCUCUGGAGCACAAAGUGCUGCUGACGGGGACCCCCCUGCAGAACUCAGUAGAGGAACUCUUCAGCCUCCUAAAUUUUCUGGAACCACAGCAGUUCCCUUCAGAGACAGCCUUCCUGGAAGAGUUUGGAGAUCUGAAGACAGAGGAGCAGGUGAAGAAGCUGCAGUCCAUCCUGAAGCCCAUGAUGCUGCGACGGCUGAAGGAUGAUGUAGAGAAGAAUCUGGCACCCAAGCAAGAGACCAUCAUUGAGGUGGAGCUGACCAAUAUCCAAAAGAAAUACUACCGGGCCAUCCUGGAGAAGAAUUUCUCCUUCCUCUCCAAGGGUGCCAACCAGCACAAUAUGCCCAACCUCAUCAAUACCAUGAUGGAGCUGCGCAAGUGCUGCAAUCACCCGUACCUCAUCAAUGGGGCAGAAGAGAAGAUCCUGGAAGACUUCCGUAAAACACACUGCCCAGAGGCACCAGACUUCCAGCUGCAGGCAAUGAUCCAGGCAGCUGGGAAGCUGGUGCUCAUAGAUAAGCUGCUUCCCAAGCUGAUCGCUGGUGGGCACAAGGUGCUCAUCUUCUCACAGAUGGUGCGCUGCCUUGACAUCCUGGAAGACUAUCUCAUCCAGAGACGGUACACCUAUGAGCGCAUCGACGGGCGGGUGCGCGGCAACCUGCGCCAGGCUGCCAUCGACCGCUUCUGCAAGCCCGACUCGGAUCGCUUUGUGUUUCUCCUGUGCACACGGGCAGGCGGGCUGGGCAUCAACCUGACAGCUGCCGAUACCUGCAUCAUCUUUGAUUCCGACUGGAACCCACAGAAUGACCUGCAGGCUCAAGCUCGCUGCCACCGGAUUGGGCAAAGCAAGGCUGUGAAGGUCUAUCGCCUCAUCACCAGGAACUCCUAUGAGCGGGAGAUGUUCGACAAGGCCAGCCUGAAGCUGGGCCUGGAUAAAGCUGUGCUGCAGGACAUCAAUCGCAAGGGCAGCACCAAUGGGGUUCAGCAGCUCUCCAAGAUGGAGGUGGAGGACCUGCUGCGGAAGGGUGCCUAUGGCGCACUCAUGGAUGAGGAGGACGAGGGGUCGAAGUUUUGUGAGGAAGAUAUUGAUCAGAUCCUCCAGCGCAGGACACAGACCAUCACAAUCCAGUCUGAAGGGAAGGGUUCCACCUUUGCAAAGGCCAGCUUUGUAGCAUCAGGAAACAGAACUGACAUUUCCUUAGAUGAUCCCAACUUCUGGCAGAAGUGGGCAAAGAUAGCAGAACUUGAUACAGAUGCCAAGAAUGAAAAGGAGAGCCUAGUCAUUGACAGACCCCGGGUAAGGAAGCAAACCAAACACUACAACUCCUUUGAAGAGGAUGAACUGAUGGAGUUCUCUGAGCUGGACAGUGACUCGGAUGAGCGACCCACACGCUCGCGGCGCUUUAACGAGAAGACGCGGCGGUAUCUGCGGGCUGAGUGCUUCCGUGUGGAGAAGAACCUGCUUAUAUUUGGCUGGGGACGCUGGAAAGAUAUCCUGACCCAUGGGCGGUUCAAGUGGCACCUGAAUGAGAAGGACAUGGAGAUGAUUUGUCGGGCCUUGCUGGUGUAUUGUGUCAAACACUACAAGGGGGAUGAGAAGAUUAAGAGUUUUAUCUGGGACCUCAUCACACCAACAAAGGAUGGCCAGAAUCAGGCUCUGCAGAAUCACUCAGGCUUGUCAGCACCAGUGCCCAGAGGCAGGAAGGGGAAGAAGACAAAGAACCAGAUGCUGCUUCCUGAGAUCAAGAAUGCAGACUGGCUCGCCACCUGCAACCCUGAGGUGGUGCUCCAUGAUGACAGCUACAAGAAGCACCUCAAACAACACUGCAACAAGGUCCUGCUGCGGGUGCGAAUGCUCUACUACCUGAAGGCUGAAGUGCUGGGGGAGGCUGCGGAUAAAGCCUUUGAGGGGACUCCUGCCAGGGAGCUGGAUGUGCUGCUGCCAGACAUUGACUACGUGGAGAUCCCAGUGGACUGGUGGAAUGCUGAAGCCGAUAAAUCCCUGCUCAUCGGUGUCUUCAAGCACGGUUAUGAGCGGUACAACGCCAUGCGGGCGGACCCAGCGCUGUGUUUCCUGGAGAAGGUGGGCAUGCCAGAUGAGAAGCUGCUCUCUGCCGAGCAGGGCGUCAACGAUGGGGCACAGGAUGCUGCUGAAAGGGGCAGCGUGGAAAAAGAAGAGAGCAGUGGAGAAAAGCUGGAGGGACUGUCAAAACAGGAGGUGAGUGGGAUUCACACCCAGGAUGGCUCCGACUCAGACAGAUCCUGCUGGCCUGUCUCCUCUGCUCUCACGGCCAGACUGCGGCGACUUGUCACCGUCUACCAGCGCUGCAACCGCAAGGAGCUGCCUCCCCGCACCGAGAUGCUGGUGCCUGGUAACCAUGGCUACUGGCUGCAGGAUGAGAUGUUCCGGAGAGCCUCUGAGAUGGACUCGGUGAAUAAAGAGAUGCAGAAAAGGUGGACCAGGAGGGAGCAGGCAGAUUUCUACCGCACUGUCUCCUCCUUUGGGGUUAUCUAUGACCAAGAGAAAAAAAUCUUUGACUGGGCCCAGUUCCGAGCCAUCUCUCGGCUGGAGAAGAAAACUGAUGAGAGCCUGGAGAAGUACUUCUACAGCUUUGUGGCCAUGUGCAAGAAUGUCUGUGGUCUCCCUUUGUGGAAGGAGGAUGGUACUCCAGACCCUGACAUCUAUGUGGAGCCCAUCACAGAGGAGCGUGCUGCCAGGACCCUGUACCGCAUUGAGCUGCUGCGCAAGGUGCGCGAGCAGGUGCUCAAGUGCCCCCAGCUCCAGGAGCGCCUCAAGCUGUGCCGGCCCAGCCUCUACCUGCCUGUGUGGUGGGAGUGUGGCAAACACGACCGGGACCUGCUGAUUGGCACCGCCAAGCACGGCCUGAACCGCACUGACUACUACAUCAUGAAUGACCCCCAGCUGUCUUUUUUAGAUGCAUACAGAAACUAUGCCCAGCAUAAAAGAACGGGGUUCCCAGGCCCAGAAACCCUGUGCUGCCUUUACCAGUCUAACUCCAAACUCUACAGUUCCCCCAUGUACAGCCAGAUGGACCAGACCUGUGAGACCCUGGAGAACGAAGCCGAGAGUCACAUCAAGCUAGAAACCGUGGACAGCACCAUGUCCCAGGCCGGGGGCAGCCCACUGGAUGCAAGCUGUGAAACGUUCAUGUCUGAAGUCCGGGACAUAAUUUCCAGUAACUAUGACGAGAGCUCCCUGCCAGACUCACUGGUUUGCAUGAUGUAUGAUGAGAAGGCCUGUCCCAGCGAGCAGAGCUCCCUCGCCAGGGACAGUCCAAGCUGCACAGAUGUAGGAAGCAGCGUUGCCAAACUCUCCGAGGGCAAGCUGGAAGGGGAUGAAGAUCCAUCCAGCUGUGAUGCAGAUGCCAUGAGAGAGGCUCCCUUCUUGGAGGGUUUGCAGAUGGGGUCUGACCAAAUGGACAAUCAGAAUGAGGAAGUUGAGCCUUCGCCUUCUACUCCUGAGAGCAAUCCUUCACAGAGUGCUCCAACCAAGCUCGGCAAAGGCUUGGAACAGAAAGGAGCACUUGCCAGCCCAGCAGCUGGACUGCCCGAGCACAGAGCCAUGGAAAGAGUCCUAGGUGUGGGGCUCUACAGUCCCAGUCUACAUAACUAUGAGCUAGAGGUUCCUCCUGAGCAGAGAUUCAUCAGUCUGCUGCAGGAGAAAGGAUUGGAGGCAAAGUUGGGGCCAAGUCAGAGCCAUAGUGAGGAAGAUGAGGAGGAAGAAGAGGAUGAUGAUAACUCUGAGGCUGCAGCAGAUGCCAUGGAAGGCUUGAAUGGUCCCAGGACCAGGGCUGAUUGUGACCCCGAAGCUCAUGAAAUGGGGGGUGAGGAGCAGAGCUCUGGUCUCCCCACACCUGAGGAUACUUGCCCAGAAGAUGUAAAUGGCGAGAGGGAGUCCCUGGGGCUGGGGGAGCCCAGGGCAGAGGGCAGGGAGGAUUGUGGCUUGAAUGAGGAGAGCACCCAGCAGCACUCACCAGGCCAGGCUCAGAGCCAGCCCUUCAGCCUGCACACACCUCUGCCUCAGGGGGGGCCUCUGGGCCAAGAUGCUGAGGGGCAGACAGGCUGCACAGAGGCCCCACACCCUGACCCUCAGGGCAUAAAGCAAGAAGAAUAUGAUAACAGAGAUGACGGGGAGAAAGCCAGCAGCAACCAGAGCCAAGAUGGUCCGGAGAAGUACUUGGAGGAAGAGAACAAGAAUUCUGUUUCUGUCCUGCCUGGGGAAAUUGAUGAUCUUCACGAUGCCCGGGCACCGACCAUUGCCCAGCUGCUGCAGGAGAAGACGCUUUACUCCUUCUCUGAGUGGCCUAAGGACCGUGUGAUCAUCAACCGCAUUGACAAUAUCUGCCACGCCAUCCUGAAGGGCAAGUGGCCUUCCUCCAGCCAGCAGUUUGAGUCACAGAGCCUGCUGACAGCCCCAGCCAUGGCCAGCAACACUGGCAGCAGGAGCAGCUUUACUGGGUCAGAAACCCCUGAUCCCAGCUUCAAUAACGGGGUCUUAAUGUCACGAGUACAAAAGGAAGGUUUCCUGAGCCCUGCCUUUGCAAAAGAUGAGCGGAAGCACAGGAGACCCUAUGAAUUCGAGAUGGAGAGAGAUGCCAAACAGAGGAGCCUGGAGCAUCUGGCAGCAGCCCAUGUCCAUCCCCCCAUUGUGCUGAACGGCUGGCGUGAGGCAGCGGUGGACUUGUCCAGAGCCUCUGAUGGGUCCCCAGGGAGCUCCUCUCCGUUCCCCCUGAACACAAACAUGCCCAAACUGGGGACUGUGAAUGCCCUCCAGAGCUCCCUGGGCAUGGACUUGUCUGGUAUCCUACAGGCAGGGUUAAUCCAUCCUGUCACUGGACAGAUUGUAAAUGGCAGCCUCCGAAGAGAUGAUGCUGCUAUGAGGAGGAGACGGGGCAGGAGGAAAAAUGUCGAAGGGAUGGACCUCAUCUUCUUGAAGGAGAGGCCUCUUCCAAACAGGCUGCAGGAUGUUCAGGAAGACCAGCCGCAGCCCCCUCAGAACAGUCCCCUGCCUGAUGGGCCGGUUGCUGCUACCUCAACUCCACAGCCAGUCCCAGCUGCAGGCAGCCAAGAGAAGGCUGUCCCGAAUAAGAGUCUCCUUGACUGGCUCCGGCAGCAGUCUGACUACACCCUCGAUGUUCCCAGCUUUGGCACAAAUUUUUCAGACAAGCCCAAGCAGAGGAGGCAGCGCUGCAAGGACCCCAACAAACUGGACAUUAGCUCUCUGACGGGAGAGGAGCGGGUGCCGGUGGUACAUAAGGGUACCGGACGGCGGGGCUACUUACCCGAAAACAAAUUCAAUCGCAUCCUCACCGAGCCUGUGCUCCGGGACACUGGGCCACGCCGGAGAGGGAGGAGGCCCCGGAGUGAACUCCUUAAAGGCCCUGGUGUUGUAGCAGAUUCGUCUUCUGGAAUGGGACCAUUGUUCAUGAACGGACUAAUUGCUGGGAUGGAUCUAGUGGGACUUCAGAACAUGAGAAAUAUGCAAGGGAUCCCUCUGACUGGGCUGGUCGGGUUUCCUGCUGGCUUUGCAGCAGUACCUGCUGGUGAGGAUGUGAAGAGCACCCUGAGCAUGCUGCCCAUGAUGCUGCCGGGCAUGGCCACCGUCCCCCAGAUGUUCGGUGUGGGAGGACUCCUGAACUCCCCGAUGACGACGACUUGCACCGUGACUGCUCCAACUUCGUUAACAAGCACAACGAAAGGUGGCACAGCCAGCACCGAGAAAACCAACGAGGAGAAACAGGGCAGUCAGGAUGGGAAAAAAGAACCUCUCGCUGAAGAUAAGCCUGGUCCUAGUUCAUUUUCUAAUCAGACAGAAUCUGCAAUAACUACCAGUAGUCCUGUAGCUUUUAACCCAUUUCUUAUCCCAGGGAUGUCUCCUGGACUGAUCUAUCCCUCCAUGUUCCUUUCCCCUGGCAUCGGCAUGGCACUGCCUGGCAUCCAGCAGACCAGGCACUCGGAGGCGGUGAACCUGGAGAGCCAGAAGCGGAAGAGGAAGAAAGCAAAAGGGGAAUUGGCAAAUCCAGAGCCAGAAACUGUCUCGCUGACAGAAAAAGAAGCUGCAAACAGUCAAAACUGUGUGGAGCAGAGCCCGCCAGCAGCAGCAGAGAAGGAACAGGAUAGACCAGCAGAGGAGGAGCGCCAAGCUGCUCACAAUACCGAUUAGAACUUUUGUUUCAUUGAAAGAAAAACACAAAAAAUUGUGGCUUGUGAGUUUCUUAUCCCAUAAACUCUUUGUUACUUCCUGUCGUACCCCGCUCCACCUUCAUAAACCUGUGUUUCCAUGAGUAAUAUUAUCUACCUAAUUCCCUGUCAGAAAAAACUGGUGACAUACUACAUGUUAAUAGUUGCAGGGUCUUGCCACUUUAUUAGAUAAACAGUGUUGUCUAGCUAGUAUGGGAGGCACCGAAUUCUCAUUCUGUUUUUCCAGUCGAUCAUCCCAGCCAACAAUAGCAAAUCCAAUACUUGGUCACCCCCCACAAAUUGCUCACUCCUUUGAGAAGAAAAAGCAGCAAAAAAACGAGCAAAAGAAAAGUGUUUAUCUCUUGGUCUAACACUCAGACAAGGGUAUUUCUGUCUACAGCGACACUGAACGAAAGAGCCUAUAUUUGGGCUAAAAGCACAGCUAUAGUAAGUGCUAAUGUGUAUUUUUGAUUUAAAGUAUUUCCCUAUUUUAUCAUGGUUACUAGAAUAGUAGUAUAGACAGAAGUAUAUAACUAAUGAUUGAAAAUGCAUAUAUUCAUUUCUUUGAAAGGAAACGCAUAACUGGUAGUGAUAUAAUUUCUUGAUCACCCCCACCUCAAAGGUUUGGAGACAAACUGCAGAGUGAAAAAACAAUGUAGACGUUCUUUUGUAUUUUUUAAAACCAACGUUUGGUUUUAUGUUACAUGGAGUUUAGUUGCCCUUUCCUUGGUAGUUACAAGAACUUUCCAGCUUGAGCUGGAAAGGUUUUGCACACUUGCAUGACUUUUCUGGGGUUACUGUAUCUGUAGCAACCAGUUCCUUCAUCAUUUUGCUUGUCUUCAGUUCUCCUCUCCGGCGUUAGUUCUCAGUUAUGGCAUUACAGGUGCUCUAAAGGUAUUUUUUCAAGCCGUGAACAGACCACGCUGAUUUUAAUGCUCUUACACGAACACUGAGGCUUUCUGAGUUUUUAUAUUUCCCUCUCCUUACCCCAGAAGCGACGUUCUUUCAGCAAACAUGGAGAAGGCUGAAGGCCAGCUUCCCUCCUUGGGGAGUCCCCUGAGAAGGACCCUUGAGACUUUCAGAGCCUGAGUUUCUUACUUUCUAAUGAUGGACUGUGAAUAGAUGACUUUGGCUUCUUUCCAUUCCGUUUGCUGUUGAACAGUAUUUCCAGUCCUCCAAACUAUUUCAGCAUCUGCAUUUCAAAUGGAUGGGCUUUAAUGCUACCAUCUCCCUGCUCCAGCUCUGGGUACUGAGACUCCUCCACAGGCAACUCUUCUGAUUUCUCCUUCCCCUCACUCUUUUAAUUCUUCUUUCACUUGGGGUUGUUCUUACUUGCAGCUCAUGGUCUGAGAAUUGAAUAUCAAGGCACAGUGGUGCAGCGGUGAGCGAAGGGCAGGCUGGGAGGGAGUUGGAGUGUGUUACUCAUCAGUUUCACACUUGGUUGUCACAAUUUACUGUAUUUUUUACUGUUUUUUUUCUGUUGCAGUUUUGCUAAUUUAUCAGAUGGUCCAAAUGUUUUGACAUAACUAUUUCAGUUUUCAUUAUUUAUUUAUGAUGCUUUUUGUCAUUGUCUUUUAUACAUUUGGGAUUAUAAAUUAUGUACAUGUUAAAAUUAGCAUCUCAAAGAAGUCUGUUACCCAUGGUCAAAAAAACAGUUGGUUUAUAUUUUCACAGAAUUUAUUCUCAGUUUACUGGAUUGGAUGAUUUUUUUUUAAAGUAUGUAGCCAAUCAUAAUGCAAUCCUCCUCCCCCCCAAUAAUUGUGUUCUAUUUAAUAACAUUCUUGUAGCAUAGAUACUGUAUCACUAUCAACAGAUUUCUUAGAAAUGCUGCUAUCUCUAUUUAACUAACAUUUUGUUCAGUUUUUGCCUCCAGUGGAAGCAGAAAGGGUUUUUUCAGCUGUUAAAUCCAAAAUCAAUAUAAUUUAUUUAUGUAAAAAAAAAAAGUCACGAUUGAUAUAUUUUUGAACCUUUUAAGUACUAACUUUGUUUUUAUUCAGUGGAAGAACAUGUACUUGCCCUAAAUCCUUAAAAUACAAAUGCUAUAAAACUUCAUAUAUCUUCAAAGCCUUACUGUGAAUGGAUACAGAAAUCUCUUCCAAGUCUAUUUCUUGUUAUGGGAUGGUUUUUUCCAGGGUUACAUGCAUAAGGAACAGGGUUUAAAGUGAAAUUUAUUUAAUUAGCCAGCAUGCUCUUUACCUUGUUCUUUCUUAGCAGACAUGUAUGCUAUGUCUCUGGGUGUUUAGGCUUCUCUUUGCUACUUUGUGACCCUUUUGCAACCCGAUAUACUCUGUGGAUUAUUUAGACUGUAAGGCGUUAAGUGGCUGCUUCUUCUUUUCCAUCAUAUCCCAAACAAACGCCAAAUUUUCACCGGUUUUCAUGGCUAUUCACACACAUACAUCCUUCACCAAAUGUGCUAACAAAAUAAACUGUCUGUGCUCUUGAACAUGGAUAAAAAGAAAAAGAUUUAAAAGUCAGAUUUUUAUUUUUUUAAUUUAGUGAGUAGAUGAUGCUUAUC